AUGUGUUACAAGAAAGUGUGGGUAGGCCUCGUCCAAUUGGUUGAAGGUCUUAAACCAAAAACUGAGUUUCUUAGGGAAAAAGAAAUUCUUUUUCAAGACUGUAACAUAAAAAUUAUGCCAGAGUUUCUAGCCUGCCAGCCUGCCCUACAAACUUUGAACAGUCGAUCCCCACAAUAA